AUGGUCCCACCAAAGAAAGUGCCUGUUGGAGGAGUAUCUUUGUUUGGUGGAUUUAAUCCUGCGAAAGUUUCACUGAGAAAGACUAACUAUCCAAAGGAAGAAAAGGAAAGUAGUAUUCAAAAUUCUGAAUCAAAUCCUCCACCAAGAAGUAUUUCUGAAAAAGCAAGACCCCCUGGAGUACCAGGAGGACAACCACUAUUUGGAGGAUUUAAUCCUGCAACAUUUAAAUUAAAAAAGACUACAGUAAAGAAGGAAAACACACCAGAAAAGAAGUCACAAGAAGAAGUUCCUGAAUUUAUGAAACUCAAAUUAAAGAAAGCAGAAAAAUGA